AUGGAUAUUGAUUACCAUUUAAAAAGAGCUUCGUUGCUCUCCGAGCAAACAAACGAUUUUCGACCCUCUUUAAGGAAAAUCAGCGAGGAAAAAUCGCCUCCUGAUAAAUUCCAUUUGGCUGCGCUCUUUUCCUUUUUCAACGGUAUGGCAGGAAUGAUACCGCUGACAUUUUUCCUAACAGCCAACGAUUACUGGAUGCACAAAUUAAGAGACACCCGUUACGAAAAUUAUGACUUGAAUAACAAGACUACCCUCCAGCAAAUGUUCACAUCGGUGAGUACCACCGGUACCUCCGUGCCCAGCGUGGUCACCGUUAUACUUUCCAUGCUAUACGGCGCCCAAUUCGACUUGAGGAAGCGCUUCGUUUUCACUUUGGGCAUCGUCAGUUCCAUGUUCAUCGUAUUCACCAUUUUAGUGGAAGUCGAUACUGAUUCAUGGCAAACAACCUUCUUCAUAUUAACAAUCGGCGUAUUGUGCAUGAUAUCCGCGGUUCAGCCGCUUUUCGGGAUCACCAGCAUGAGUUUUCUGUCGCGAUUGCCGGUCAGCUUCAUGCAUAUAAAUUUAUAUGGAACUACGAUCGGCGGACUUUUCGGCUCCACAUUGCAAAUAAUUAGUCUCAGCGUCGGUAAAAACUCCACGGAAAUCGCCAUGAUAUACUUCACCUGCGGAACUGUGGUUAUGUGUUUCACUCUAAUCCUGGCGUAUUUGAUCAAAUACUCGCCUGUUGUUACGUUUUACAUGAAAACGACCCAGGACGUCCGACCGAAGAGGCACAGUUUGAAGGAGUACAAGAAGGUUAUGAUCGACAUUUGGCCCAUAAUUGUCAUCUUAAUUUUACCUAUGCUUACUAUGGGACUGGGACAUCCCAACAUCACGAAUCUCGUUACAUCAGAGCAUUACGAUAAAAACGGCGAAAACCUGUGGUACGACAAAUAUUUCGUGGCUGUGGCAACUUUCUUCAUGUUUGAUGUAACCCAAUUGAUUGGUAGAUUUUUCGGAAGGGCGCACAUUAAUGAGAAUAAUUAUUGGUGGUACAUCGGCGUGACGGUAAUUAAAACGGUAUUUCUAACGCCUUUAUAUUUGUUCUGCAACGCUCUACCGAGGCACCAUUUGAGCGUUUGGUUUCCGCACGAUUACCAAUAUAACUUAAUACACUUUUCGAAUUGUUUAUUACUUGGUAUCUUGUUGACUAACAACUUUCUCAGCGUGCCGAAUUUCGCUAAAGAGAAUACAGAACUGGCCUAUAAGAUGAUAACAACAUUGCUAAUCAUAAUAGCUUCAGUUUCGAGUCUGUUAAAUCCGCUGAUUGUGAGGUUAUUGUGA